AUGAAUAUCUGCAUAUUCGUCUCACUUCUUCUAGCCUCAUCAAUCAACUCCUUGUUUCUCAAAGAUGGCCGAUCUAUUCUGAAACAGUUAUUAGGGAAAGAGAACGAUGGAGCGUUGAUGGAAAUGCUCUCGGAGCACUUUAAAAAUGACGACAAUUUCUGUGUGGAUUCCCUCAUAAACAUUGGCAAAUCCGCUCUGAAAUCCCUCACCAAUUACUCUUCUCAAUCCAAUUACGAACCAAAUUGGGCGGUCCGUUUACUCGAUGCUCUCCCCGCCAAACCGCCCGGAUUAUCUCGAAAAGGACCAUUCUUUUUUAUUGGAGAUUUUGAGACAUGCAAAGAAUUAUGGUCUGUGGAGAUGCGACAAGUGCAUUAUUGUACUGUAAGAGGAGAAGUGAAGAUACGCAAUGAGAUAUCGCCAGUUACUACGGGAAUCUGCGCUCCAUCAAACUGCCAUGAAAAUCACAUAAUCGAACUCCUCAAACUAGCGAAACAACACUUUUUCAAUGAAACAAUUGAUGUGAAAUCCGUGUAUUGCUCUGAUGGAAGUGAUGAGAUUUGGAGUGCCAAAAAACCCUUUGUUCUCUUCGUUUUCUUCUUUAUUUUGGUUCUUCUGGCUAUCGGAACAUUCACUGAAAAGAUGAAUCGAGAGGGACUUCUGAAAAAGAGCAAAACGAAAAUGAGACGGAUGAUACAUAAAAAAUCAUACCGCGUGAACAACAACAACUCCACUACCGGCUCUAUCAGUGAAGACCGUUCCUCAUGUGGGACUGAAACUGAAGAUGAGAACGAGUCAGUCGCCAACUCCUCUAUAAACCGCACAAAUGCUCCAUCCAUCGCCCUCACCUACCGUAACCUCUCCUCCAUUCACUUAUCAAAUUCUCUGCUCAUCAACAUCCUCUCCUCCUUCUCAAUCCGUUCCAGUUUGACCUACCUCUUCCGAAAUUCCACUCGAGACGUCAAACUUGUCAACUUGUUCCGUGUCUGCAGCUCGUUCUGGGUCAUUUUCUCCCACACAUGCCUGUUUUCUCUUAACUUUACGGAUACGAUAAGAGUGGUUGCGAAGAAAGGAGAAACUGUUGUGGGAUGGAGAAAUUUCAUGUUGAAUUCGUCGUUGGCAGUGGAUACUUUCUUGUUUUUGUCAGCUUGUGUUGCCACCUUUUCGAUUAGAAAGAAGCUCAUGUUCAGAGGCGCCGACUCCAAGUUCUCCAUUUUAAAAUGCCUUUCCCUACUCAUCCAUCGAUGCCUCCGACUCUUGCCAGCUCUCAGUCUCUAUCUAAUUUUUAUGUCUUUAGUUUAUAAUCACUUGGCAGAUGGACCCUUCUGGAACACCAAUGGAAUGUUUGGAACCGAAUGCACUCCAUCCUCCCUCUGGCCUCAUUUCUCUUUUCUCGCCAACUUUUUCCCAUCAAUGUGUGUCCCGUGGCUAUGGUAUAUCUCACUCGAUUUUCAGCUGUAUUUGACCCUUCCCAUCAUAGUUUUCUUUGUCUCGAGAUUCCGUUUCGGCUGGAUUUUUGUCGUUUUUCUAUGUACGGCAGCAUUAGGAUAUCGUGGUUUUAUGUUCUUUUAUCAAUCUUUACCGGCCAAUAUGUUCGUGGAGAUGUUGUCUGGAAACUUCGAGAAGGCGGAGCUGUCGUUCAAGCUUCUCUACACAUCGCCGAUUUCCAGAUGCCCACCGUUUUUUAUAGGAAUCCUGACCGGUUGGUAUAUUUGUCAAAUCCGUUAUCUUGGAACUCUCCCUACCGUAACCACAAUUGGUCUCAAGAUUCUCGCAUUCUUCUUCCUGGCAUUCGCCCUAUUUGGACCAUUUUUUAGUUGGAAAUAUUUGAUCUACCCACAUGCUGUGAUGAAUCGGACAAUAUGGGCAAUCGGAUUGGCGAUUCUCGUGGUUUUGGCACAGAAUGGAUAUAAUUUCGGAAUUUUCAAAGUGUUCGGAGGACAAGCGUUGGUGGUGUUGUCGAGACUCUCAUUUGGUGUCUAUCUAUCCCACGAACCCAUUCUCCUCUACUAUCUGAACUCUCUCCGUCAACCAAUGUCGCCAUCUUCAUUCGGAUAUUUCAUGUUUAUCACCAUUUCGAUUUAUUCCAUUUCACUAGUCAGCGCCUUCUUUAUUGCGAUUGCAAUCGAAGUGCCUCUGCUAACCCUCGAACGUAAACUCUUCAUGACAACUCGUAGAAUGAAUGAAGACGAAACGAAGGAUCGAAUGGAAAGACACGUUUCAUUCGAUGAUUCUGAGAAAGUGGAGAAAUAUGUGGUGAUGAAUGAAAACGAGGAGUUAGAAGUUGAUGAUUUGAAUGCGGAUGAGAAGACGAGACAAUGGAUUGAAACUGGAAGUUUGUGUGCUCAGAGGAGUGAUUUGGAUGUGAUUGAGAAGGAGAGAAGAGUCCGUUUCAAGGAUCCACACUUGAAUACUUCUACUUCGUGUUGA